AUGAUUAAGUUGAGGUCAAUGAGGUUCACCCGAAGCAGCUCCAAGCUUGGAAAUGGGAACAAAGCAACACCACCCUCAGAAAAGGACUGCAGAGGCCUUGGAGAAAUCCAAUGGGAACUUAGGCCUGGUGGCAUGCUUGUUCAGAAAAGGGAGAGUAACAAAAGUUCAGAGGGCUUGAUCACAAUUACAGUGUCAACAGUGUCACAGUCACAUGAAAUUUCUGUUCAGGCCACAUCAACUUUUGGAGAAUUGAAAAUGAUUCUGUCAAUGGUCACAAGUUUUGAGCCCCGAGAGCAAAGGCUUCUCUUCAAGGGUAAAGAGAGAGAUGACGAUGAAUAUCUACAUAUGGUUGGGGUUAGAGACAAGGACAAGGUUCUGCUAUUGGAAGAUCCAGCCAUAAAGGAGAAGAAAAUGCUUGGAAGAGACCAAUCCAUAAACAAUCCUAGUCGUACCAUCACUGUAUGA